AACCAAUUGGAUUUGGGCUCUCAGGAAGACAAACCGACAGCACGCGGUGAGGGGUUGAAGUUUACUUGUGUCCAGCCAAUGUACAUACAUGAGUACCGAGGUGUCGGUUCUGUACUUUGCAAAAAGUACCGAAUUAACGGGACUUAAAGCAGAAAACAUCACGGUUCCGUCCAACAUAUCAUCUCUGCAGCUGUGGCAGCAUUUGGAGACCAGACACCCUAGUCUCUCUGUGUUACGAGAGCAGGUGGUUCUGGCUGUGCGUCAGGAGUACGUUCCUCUGGGAGAGCAGCUUUUGACCCUCAGAGACGGGGACGAGGUGGCCGUUAUACCGCCCCUUAGUGGAGGCUAAAGAAAAUACCAAGGGACUACCAGAGAUAAUUUUGAGGGGAAGAAAGUGAUCCAGCUCGAAUAUGAGGCGUACGGUCCAAUGGCAGAGUCAGAGCUCAGGAAGAUCUGCUGCAAGAUCCGGACAAAAUGGCCCAGCGUCAGACAUAUUAACAUACAACACAGACUUGGAAGCAAGUGUUAUAAUUGGGAUCUCAUCACCGCACAGAAGUGAUUCCCUGGAGGCGGUGAAGUACUGCAUCGACACACUCAAAGCUACCGUGCCAAUCUGGAAAAAGG